GCAGCAGCAGCAGCGUGGUACUGGGAUACCGCCAUGGGCCGCAAAAAGAAGAAGAAGGGUCUAGGGGGCCGUGAGGGGCGGCUGGUGGUGACUUUCGACGAGGAGAAGCGGAGGGAGUACCUGACCGGAUUCCACAAGCGGAAGGUGGAGCGGAGGAAGGUGGCGUUAGAGGAGAUCAAGCGGAAGCUGAAGGAGGAGCAGAGGAAGAUGAAGGAGGAGCGGCACCAGGAGUACCUGAAGAUGCUGAGAGAGAGGGAGGAGGCGCUCGAUGAGGCUGAUGAACUGGAGCACUUGGUGACAUCACGGACAGAGUCUGUGAACAUCGACCACCCAAACCACAUUGUAACAGUGACCACCAUCAGUGACUUGGACCUCUCAGGAGCACGCCAGCUGGGUCUGACCACUCCUGUGGGAAAUAAUGAUGGAUCAGAAGAAGAGAAAGGAGAAGAGGUGGUGAACAAGCCUGCGAGAGCAAUGCCCAAGAAGUCCAGAAACCCUUUCCUGUCUGAAAAGAUAUCUUCUCUUACUGCCACGCUGCACAUGCACAGCAAGAAAAGGACGAAAGGAAAGCGACCCCAACGUGGGCAGGGCCCACGCAAGAAAAUCCAGAAAUCCAGCACGGGCCGAACCACUAAGACUCAGCGACGGAGGCUCACAGGCAAAAUGGGCCGUGACCAAGAUUAAUGGAGCAGCCAGUGCACAGACCAGUGGCUGGGACAGCACUCAACAUCUGGCCUGCUGCUCUUUUCUGGAGCCCUUCGUUGUGGGCAGGGACUUUGUUUACUUGGCUUUCUGACCAGCAGUGAGCCCAGCUCAGCCUUUUCCUCACCUCCCGAGUGCCAGCCAGAAUCACCAGAUGCUCUUCCCAUUUUUUUCUGCAGUGAUCUCCAGCAAAGUGUCCGGGUGCCAGGGAUUCUCUAAAAACUUCUGCUGGGGGUCAGGUUCUAUGUUUGCCAUAACACAUCUGUCCUUGGGCCUCCCCAUCCUGAAGUGAUACUUGGCUUUAUCAAAGGAAUAGGAUCUGGGGCUGAGUGCAGUAGGCACACUGCCAGGGCAGUUUAUGCAACUAUGAAGAGCUCUGCAUCAGUGCCCUGGCAUUUCUGCUGCACAGUAAAUCCUUUUUCCAUGGAGACAUGGUGUCGUAUUGUCUCAUGUGUUCCUUCUCCAGUGCCACACCUGAGUGCAGGGGUACUUUGUGUUUGGUACCUGUGCCAGGUAAUAUUUGGUAAUUUUGUGAAUAAAUCUGUAUGAAGUC